AUGUGUGUUAACUUCGGAGAAUCACAGCCUUUUCCGGCUUUCAGCUCACAACAAUCUCAAGAUGCACCAUUAGAUCCACCAGUACAGACACCGGCUGCCCGUGGUGUAAGGCGCAAAUGGAAUCCAGCAGAUGACGAGGUGCUGAUCAGUGUGUGGCUUAAUACUUCGAAAGAUGCAAUUGUUGCAAAUGAGCAGAGGUCGGGGGCCUUCUGGAAACGGGUUGCUGCUUAUUAUGCAGCAAGUCCCCAUGGAAUAGAGGAUGGUGGGAAGGAGCACGGUUGUUGCAAGAAGAGGUGGCACAGAAUUAAUGAAGAUGUUAACAAGUUCUGUGCCGCAUACUCAGCAGCAGAGCGACAAAUGAGAAGUGGUGAGAGUGACACUGACGUUCUGAAGAAGAAGUGGCUCAGCCUCAACGCACCCACGACUGCUGGCGUUUCGAAGAGGAAGAAUGUGGACGUAAAUUCCCAAACAUCUAAUACUGAAGGCUUCGUUGAUGUUGAGAGCAGGCCCGAAGGUGUCAAGGCUGCUAAGGCCAAAAGAAACACGGGUAAAGGGAAGUCUGUGGCUGAGAUUGCGACCGUUUGGGAAAUGAAGAAGGACGAUUUGGUGAGGAAGGAGAGACUGUCGAGGCUAGCAAUACUAGACACUCUCCUUACCCGUACUGAACCAUUGACUGAGGCGGAAGUUGUUGUGAAGAAUAAGCUCCUAGCGGAGUUAUUCUAA